AUGAAUAUUAGUCAUUCGCGUAUGAUACUGAAUAAAUAUACAGAGUUUACAUGGUUAUUCAUAGAGAAUUUAUGGAUAUUCAGAGAAUUCGAAGAUACUCAGAGAAUUCGUGGAUAUUCAAAGAAUUCGAAGAUACUCAGAAUUCGCGGAUACUUAGAGAAUUCGAAGAUAUUCAGAGAAUUCGCGGAUAUUCAGAGAAUUCGAAGAUAUUCAGAGAAUUCGCGGAUAUUCAGAGAAUUCAAAAUACUCAGAGAAUUUGCGGAUAUUCGGGGAAUUUUCAAAGAUACUCAAAGAAUUCGCGGAUAUUCAGAUAUGCGGGUAUUCAGAGAAUCUCAUAAUAUUCAUACAGAUAUUCUUGAUAUAAUUCUUGUAACAGAAUAUUUACCACUAAUUGAACCUUCAUUUUAG